UUCAUUUCAUUUCAUUAUCGUUCGAAAUCUAAUCUUGAUUUAAUGAUAUAUGUGGUAAAAAUUAAUUAAUCAAGAUUAAAAAUAAAAGAUUCGAUUUCAUUUCAUUUUUCAAAAAAAAAAAAACAACAAAAAAUCAACAGAAAAGACACAAAAAUUAUUAAUGCAUGUAAGACGACGACAACGUAAACGUAAACAAUCAUCAAAACAUCAUGAUGAGCCAAAAUUUUUUGAUCCAGAACGUGCAUCAUAUCUACAAGAAUUAUAUGAUGAAUUCAAGACAACAAAAUGUCAAGAUGCACGUCGACAAACAUUGGCCAAUUUGGCAAAUUUUGCAUAUAAUCCUGAAAAUUAUGGCCAUCUAAUUUCAUCAAUGUCAAUACAUUGUUCAUUUUUACAAUCAAUCAAUUCAGCUGAUGAUUUUAUUGCCAUCAUAUCGAUAAAAGGAUUAUGUAAUAUGGCCAUGCAUCCAAUAGUGGCUGAAUUGAUUGGAAAAAAUGAAUCAUUAAUGAAAAUAUUAUCAUGUAUUGAAUGUAGAAAACAUUUAAUCGAUUUUAUCAUCAAUGGAUUACUUUUAUUAAUAAUCGUCAUCAAAGAAAUGAAUCAACCAAUCGAUGAACAGAUACGAAUUCGAUUGAAAACAAUGAUGACAACAAUAAAUAAUGAAAUUGAUGAUGUUCGUGUUCGAAAUUAUUGUCAUUUGUUGUUAAUGGAUAAUGUUGAUGAUAAUAAAUUAUGCUAA